CAAUCAAUGACGGAUCAUCAAUGUUCAAUUAAAUUGUUCCUAAUUUAACCACCAUACUAAUUUCUAUUCUCUUUUGAUUGUUGUGUAUUAAUCGUAACUUUGAUUAGUGUUUUAUCUCUUUUUUUGUGUUGUCCCUUUUUCGGAUAAAUUUCUCUCUAUUUGGUGCUGCUUGAUUUUCACUUGAGGCUUAGGAAUAAAAUAUUAACAACAUGGCUGGGAAACAAGGACCAAAUAAAGCUGCAAUUCAGGUAUACCUGGAGAAGAAAAGGAAGGAAGAAGAAGCUGCCAAAGAGGCUCGAUUUAAAGAGAUGCUUAAUCCAUAUAAACAAUAUGGUAAAAAAGCUGAGCCUGAUGAAGAAUUUGUAAAGGCACAGAAAAGGAAAGAACGUUUGAUGAAGAAAAAGGAAGAUGCUGAGAAGAAAUUACGAGAUAAGAUGGACAAAGAACGACUUAAGAAAGCAAAUGAUGAAUUGCAAAGAUUGGCCAAGGAACAAGAAGCUCAUCGAGCAAUGGAAGAGAGAAAAAAACAACAAGAGAAAGCAAGAAAACAAGCAAUUUUUGGUAAACCUGUGGAUAAGAAAAUGCAAGAAUAUUUGGAAAGGAUUAAAGCAUCUCGAGAAAAGAGUAAACUAAGUGGACCAGAGUUAAGAAGAGCGGAGGCCAGAAAACGUGAAGAAGAAAAAUUAAUGACCUCAGCAAAGGUUAAAGAAAAGCAAAUCUCCGAUCGUGAUAUUGAACGGGAAAGAGAGAGACGAAUAUUGGAAAACAUGAGAAGACAACAGAAUAAAAGUAAUACUACUUCUACUCAGAAAGAUAAUAAAUCAACUAAUCAACCAUCGAGUAAACUAUCAAAUGUGACAACAAGACAACCAACAUCAUCUUCAUCAUCUAAACCUUACCAACAACAAGCACCACCGCAAUCAAGUAAUAAUCGUAUACCCAAGAUACCAAAAUCAAGGGUAGCUGAAUAUUCACCAACAAGGCCUAGUAUUAUUGAGAAAUCUCAUGAAAAUCGGAAAAAGCAAAGUUCUACAAUUGAAUAUUCUCCAACUAAGGUGACCAAAACCAAAGAAGGAAUUAAAAGUGAUGCUUACAAAUCAACUGGUUCAUCAUCAAAUCAACAAUACGUUCCCUCACCUAAGUCAGCACCAAUCUCUAAAUCAGGACAUUCCAAUUUAAAGGAAAAUGGCCAAAAAGUGAAAUCAAGAAUUGAUCAACGUGGAGGAGGUGGUGAUCAUUUAGUGUCACGAACUGUAUCCUCAUCAUCAUCUUCAUUUGAAUCUGCCUUAAAUCCACAAUCAAAAAGAUUAGUCAAACCAUCGGACAAUUUAAAUGCCAAAUCAUCUAGAGAUACUUCAAUUAAAAAUGGAAAAGAUUCUCUCAGUGAGAGAGAAAGACUAUUAAGAGAAAGAGAAUUGGAAGCUGAACGAGAACUUGAACGUCAGAGAGCAAAGAACAAAGAAUUAGAAGAACAAUUGGCUCAACUUCGUCGAGAACGUGAAAAGGAACAAGAACGUAAACAAGUAGCCGUUAAAUCGAAGACACAAUUAGCACCACCAUCAAUGCCAAAAGCUCGUAAACCAAUUGCAUCGAAUAAAAUAUUACCACCGAUUGGAUUAACUUAUCGCCGUGGAAUGAAUUAUCAGCCCGUUUACCAGGAUGAUGAUGAUGAAGAAGAGGAAGACGAAGAGAUGAGAGAUUUUAUCGAUGAUGGUGAUGAUCUUGAAGCACAGAAAAACGAUGUCUCUCAAUAUAUUAGAGAAAUUUUUGGUUACGAUAAACGUAAAUACGCCAUGAUAGAUGAUGACGAUAUCGAAGAGGCCUCAUUCGCUCAACAGAUGAAAGAGGAAAUGGAAUCUGCUAAAGCUGGACUUUUGGAAGAUCUGGAAGAUAUUAGGAAGGAAGAGGAAGAGAAACGACGAAAGGCCAAACUGAAAAAGCGUCGACAGUUUAUCGAUGAUUCGGACGAGGAUUGAUCUCAACUCAUUUUUCACCAUCAAAACACUUCGACUUGACACUUUUUUUUGCUUUACAAUUUUCUAUGCAAUUAAUUAUAAUUUAAUCAUUUCCCUCUCUAA